AUGUCGUCCAGUAAUCCAACUCCAGAUCUUGCUACUGUAAUGGAAAUCUUAGCAAAUCUAGCAAAAGCUAAGAAUCAACAACAAGCUCAACCUUCCACGCAAACAGCUUCAGCUCAAACACCAGAUGUCACGUCACAUGGUCAAGCAAUCCAGCAACAACAACGACAACAACAACAACACUGGCCUCAGUCUGUAGCCCCUCCGAUAACACAGCAUGAAUCUGGUCAGCUCCAAGCUCAAGCACAGUCUAUCAAUAAUUCAAAGGCCGUUGAUCCAGCUACCAUCAUUGAGUGGAGUGCGGGCCUGCGAUGUGUUAUGAGGACGUUGAAUAAACACGAUCAUGUGCUACAGGAAAUUCGGAAGAUGAUCAAAGUACAACAUGAGCAUGAAGAGCAAUGGUGGAAGUCGAGAGUAGCUCUUAUAGAGCGACAAGCCGCUAGGAAGGAAGGGCAGAAGAAAUUAGAAGAAGUGUUGAAAGCAGUAGGUGGAGCCACAUCAAGCGGGACAUCUAACACCAGUCCCGAAGAAUUGGCAAAAGAGCUAGAGACAUUCGACAUGAAAGUCUAUAAAGCUCAAACUCAAAUGGUCAGAGAGAUGAAUGGAAAAUUAAGGAAUUUAGGAAUAUCAUUCUUUGGGACGAAGAGUGAACUGGUUAGAAUUCCUGGAAAGAAUGAUGCCACGAAUAGGACGGGGACGGCUAGCACGGAGGGGGAGAAAAGUAUGAUUGAUGAAAAUGAAUUGGUGGAGCUGCAGAAGAAAAUGCUUAAUAUCCUAGAAGAUAUGUGCAAUGACUGA